CUAGAAAUCUAAACCACGCAAAUAUUACAAAGCCCGGCCCAAGUGGCGACAUGCUAUGAUGACUUCAUUGAACAACACGGAAAAAAUUAAUGAAUCAGUAGUAGCCAUUGGAGCUUGAGGGACAGUUAUGGAUUCCCAUUUCUUGGGCCUCACUGCCAUUGUUACUUUGGGUUAUCAGUUUACGUUUUUCAUAAUCACAGCAAUCUUCAGGUUUGAUAAAGUUACUGACUUUGCUGGAGGUACAAACUUCAUUAUACUUGCUAUUUUGACCUUGGUGCUAAAGGGUUCAUGGCACUUUCGACAGGUGGUGUUGUCUCUAUUCGUAGUGAUAUGGGGCCUUCGGUUGGGGCUAUUCUUAUUAAUGAGGAUAUUACAGUGGGGGGAGGACAGACGUUUUGAUGACAAACGUGACAAUCUUGGAAAACUGGCUAUAUUUUGGAUACUUCAGGCAAUCUGGGUAUGGACUGUUAGUUUACCAGUGACAGUUGUUAAUGCAAGUGACAAGCAGCCUUCUGUUCAGGCUCAAGAUAUCAUUGGUUGGGUUAUGUGGAUUAUUGGGAUUUUGGUUGAGAUUACAGCUGACCAACAAAAAUUGGCAUUCAAAAACUCCCCGGAAAACAGAGGAAAGUGGUGCAGUGAUGGCCUUUGGAAAUAUUCUCGCCAUCCAAACUAUUUUGGUGAGAUUUUACUUUGGUGGGGAGUUUUCCUGGCUUCCACACCGGUGCUAGAGGGUGCUGAAUGGCUGGUUGUGUUUGGACCAGUCUUCAUAACCUUGCUGCUCCUUUUUGUUAGUGGCAUACCCUUGCUUGAGGCAUCAGGAGACAAGAAGUUUGGAAAUGUUGCUGCAUACAGAUCAUAUAAGAGAAAAACUAGCCCUCUUAUUCUGCUGCCUCCUGGUGUGUAUGGGAGUCUUCCUCAAUGGUUCAAAACCAUACUCCUUUUUGAGUUUCCUUUUUACAGUCGCAAUCUUCCGCAAGAAGAGUUAAGCUGGAGUAGACAAACCCAGCAAGGAAGCAGUAGAACAGACCCGAAGAUGAGUUGACAGCUUAAUUUUUGUAAUCAUUUUACCAUUGUAAUGUUCUUUCGUCAAUACUAAAAUAAUAUUUUUUUCACUUCAUCAAAAAGAGAACGCUUCACUUGUCAUAUGGUGGGGUUAAUUUGAAUCA